AUAUCUCCCUUAUUUAUUAUAGGUCUCCAUCAACAAAAGAUGUAAGGCAGCUGGAAUAGUAGGAAUUGGUUGUCCAUGUCUGGAUUUUUAUUCAUUGGCGGUGCCAUGUUGGUAUUUACCAUCUAACAAAACAGCAAAGCUUGCUUCAAAAACAGCAUGGAAAUGAACUCAAACAGUCUGGUUGAAUGAAGCAACUUCGGCAAUCAUCACAUUGAUCCCAUUGUUUAACAUCGAAUAAGUUGCUAUUAAAUCCCUUUGUUGUAUCGUUGCCUCAAAAGAAAACCCAAAGUCUCACAUGCCUAUGUAUAAUGCUAAUUAAAAACUGUUUUGUAGAAAUGGAACACUUCUAAAGCUUGACUGGAAUUUUGUCGGGAAAGAUGUCUCGCGCUGAUGUUAAAAAACCUUCUCUCUGCACCACUGGGCCUUUAACUAAGGAGGUGAUUAGCCAGGCUGCCUCCACAUUUAGUAAGAUAAUGAAGUCCUGCUAUGGCCCCACAGGUAGGCUCAAACAAUUUCACAAUGGCACGGGAGGAUAUGUUCGUAUUUCAUCACAAUCUUCGGUUUUGCUGAGUAGUCUUUGUGUCACUCUUCCCGUCUUAAAGCUUCUGGUUGCCUCUGUGCAGAAUCACCUUGCGCUCUUCAGGGACAGUGGCUUAUUUACGGCAAUCUUUUGCUGCAGCUUGCUUGAAAAAUACGAAAGCCUGAAUAUGGCUCGGUACCCUUUCAUUAAAAUUAGCAAACAUAUUUUGAGCCUCUGCAUUGACUACCUUUCAUCUGAAACCUGUGGUUGCCGAAUCCCGGUGGAUUUCAGCAGUUCUAAGCUUCUCCUUAGCCUGGUGCGCAGCAUUAUAUUGAGCAAACGUGCUUGCAUGCUUAGCAGGAAGGAAGCCGAUCAUAUCAGUAUAUUGGUAUUAAAGGCCUUUCUGUUUACAAUCCCCCAAAAUGUGGAUUCUAGUGCCGUGCUAGGAAAAUGCCAUUACAUCCCUGUAAAAAAUAAGAGAGUUAUGGAUUCUACUGUCUAUCCUGGACUUUUAAUUGAAAUGCCAGAAAUGCAUCUGACCCUGCCUUUCCAAAGAACUGCUUCAGGCCAGAUCAAAGUGGCUCUGUUUGGCAUGUCUAUGUCAGGGCAUUUGUCUCAUGCCGGAGAAGAAGCCAUACUUAUCCAUCGUGGAAUUUCUCUAGAAGCUGAAAUGUUGGAUCAGUUACUCAGUCUAGGCAGGGAAGUAAUAAGUGAUGGUGUCGGUCUUGUGAUAUGCCAGAAGGUCAUCCACCCAACCUUGAAGCAGUAUUUAAAGGAGAACAAUAUUGUUGCUGUCGAGAGAGUUGGAAUAAGAAUGAUGGAGCCCCUGAAGAAAAUGACAGGUUCUCAGCCAAUACCUUCUUUACAAUUCCUGUCUCCUGCUUGUUACGGCUAUCUGAAGGACUUACAUACACAAUGUUUUGAUUCAAAAUGGUUCCUGCAUCUAAUUCCUGAUCAGCCAGUUGUUUGCAGCUUGCUACUCUGCAAUAGGAAUGAAACAGCAUGGGAUGAACUAAAGCUUGCUUGUCAAACUGCGGAACAUGCUUUGCAGUUAACAGUCAAAGAUCCAUGGAUUUUGCUGGGCGGAGGCUGUACCGAAACUCAUGUGUCCUCCUACAUAAAGCACAAGAGUUGUAGUGUAACCGAGGGGACCUUGAAAGAUCUAGGUUGUUCUUCGGAGGAAUUCCACUUAGUAACUGAUUGUUUUUGCCACUCGCUAGAGUCCAUUGCUCACUCUCUGGAGCAUGACAGUGGUGACAUUCUCACUGAUACCCAUUGGGGUCAUUCAUGGUCUGUUCCACCUAACAUUCCUAGCAACUCUGAUUGGUCAGAUUUUGUUCAAAAGUGUGGGUGCGGCCUUUGCAACAAACAGGAAGACCUCAACUGGAAGAUGUUAAACUGUCAUUCUGUUUCUUUCCUUCCCCAAAACUGUGUUAACGAGACCUCUGUAACGUCUGCUGACCAUCUUGUCCUGGAUUGUUUUGCUGCAAAGCGGAACGGUUUGCAAGUCGCAGUCGAGACAGCCCAUCUCAUUUUAGAUAUCUCACAUAUAAUUGAAGAUCGUAAUUAGUUGUGUGUGCCCAUUUAGCAACUGUGAUGCAUUUAUGCAAUUCUAGGCCUCUUUCCAACCACGUCUCUUGCAACUUCAGAAAAUCUGUAACAAACAUUGGGAUUCUCAAGGUCAUGUUUUGGUAUUUCCUACCAAUCUAUUACUGGAAGAAAAAAGCAAUUCCUGCUGCGUUACAGACUCCAGAGAAGCAUUUGCACAUAUGCAAGUAUUUUAGGGUGCCAUACUUAUGGACCAGAAAUAUCGGUUGCAACUUGGCAUUUCUUGAUGUAACAUAGAUAGUUUGGUCUUAUUUUUGUUUCUUUGCAUGUUUGAAAUUUUAAAAAAGGCAUAUGCUACUGAAAACACUUAUGGAAAUAUGUAACAUCUUUGGCUAGGAUACCAUUACCACUGUUUGUCCAGAAUGUGUAAAGUAAAAGAUUGUGACUAAACAAAAAUUUAAUGUACAGAUGAUAACACCAGAUAUUAUAUUAGCCUCUGUAAUAAAUUAUGUUACUUAUUUUAGCUCACCAUGGAAAACAUCAUAUAUCAUUAGAUAUGUCAUAGAUUAAUAAUUUAAGGACUGGUGCAACAUAAUUGGAUUCUAAAUAAACUAUUUUUCAAAACACAAACAGUUCAAAUAUAAGUAAAGUCCAAAUUAAGAAUAUUUCAUUCUUAAUUUAGGAAUUGUUUAAUUUAAAACUGGUUUAGUUGUAAUAGAUUGUUACAGAUUCAAAAUAUUUUUCAAGAGUAUGUACAAAAAAUACUAUUUUUUCUAGCAUCAGCUAAAUUAGAUAUAUUACAUUGAGAAAAGUUUCUCAUUUCUUUCCUGUUACCUUUAUUAAUUUCAUUGCAGAAAUGUUAAUAUAGGAAACAAAUUAUUUUGUUAUCUACUUUUAUCUUCCAAAACAGAAAAAGGUUAAAAAUGUGAGGUUCUUGCCUGCUGGCUUUUUUGAGUUAGCUGUUUUAGAGAUUCUAAAAGUUUAGUUCUUAAAGAGGUAACCUUAUAAAUAAUUUUAAUUUCCACCUCUAAUGAAUAUCAUACCAUAACUGAAACAUCAAUUCUGCCUGUUCUCCUUCCAUUUAAUAUAUCAAAAGUGUUUCAGAUACAAUUGGUAGUAAGAAUGGAUUGCUUACAAUAUGGAGCAGUUGCUUCAGUCUUUGAACUGGGAAUAUCCUGGGAUAUGGUUAAAAAAAAUCAGAGUGGUGGCUAUCAUAGUGCAAUCAAAGUGCUACCAUUUUUAUGUGUGUCACCUAUUAUGGCUACCACCUUGAAUAUUUUUUACCGAAGUCUGCGUGCAUCUAUGCUUUGAAUAUGAACUGACAUAUUUUUUCCUAACACGGUUUAUAUAAAUAUGUUUUUAACAUAAAAAAUUAAACACACACAUCUCAUUUUGUUACUCUCUUCUUCAUUAUUAUUAGCUACCCAAUUUGCAGGUGAUCUUGAAAAGUGAGCUGUAAAUUCUUGCCUGUGUUUUUACACUAACUUUGUUUAGUACUUUUCUUCCUGAAUUGUUGAAAUCAGAAGAUCGUUUUAUAAUCAUGAGUGGUCUAAUAAAGAUAUUA